AUGGCCGUGAGCCCCAGGCUGCGGGAGGAGGUGGGCACUGUUCCCCUGGGGCCCCUGUUCGUGGCGGGAAAUGAGCAAGUGUCUGUGUUUUCACGUGCCUUUUCAUCCUGCGCCUCUCCCACAACAGCCUUCAGUUACAGAAAAGCUCCACCUCCCAUCCCUCCAGGAACCAAAGCCAAACCCCUCAUCUCCGUCACGGCGCAGAGCAGCACCGAGUCCACCCAUGAGAGCUACCUGCCUGGCGAGGUUGCCCGCAGCCCCACCUGGUCCAAAGAUGCCGAGACCCGCUGCAACUCGCCCCGCUGCAACUCGGCCGAGAGCCUGGAGAGCUCCAAGGUGACGGCCGUGGCCCUUGACCUGCCUCCGGUCCAGCCCCGCACCGCUCCCAAGCCCUCCACACUCAUCAUCAAGGCCAUCCCUGGCCGGGAGGAGCUGAGGAGCUUGGCUCGGCAGCGGAAGUGGCGCCCCUCCAUUGGCGUCCAGGUCGAGGCCAUCUCUGACUCGGACACGGAGAGCCGGAGCCAGAGGGAGUUCCACUCCAUCGGGGUGCAGGUGGAAGAGGACAAAAGGCGAGCACGCUUCAAGCGCUCCAACAGCGUGACGGCAGGCGUGCAGGCAGACCUGGAGCUGGAGGGCUUCGCCGGCCUGGCCGUGGCCACCGAGGACAAAGCCCUGCAGUUCGGGCGCCCCUUCCAGCGGCACUCCUCAGAGCCGGAGUCCGGCCGGCAGUACGCGGUGUACAAGACGGUGCACACGCAGGGGCAAUGGGCGUACCGGGAGGACUACCAGCUGCAGUACGACACGGUGGAGGUGCCCCGGCGGGAUGCCUGGAUGGAGCGGGGCUCCCGCAGCCUCCCCGACUCCGGCCGUGCCUCCCCCUGCCACCGCGACGGGGAAUGGUUCAUCAAACUGCUGCAGGCGGAGGUGGAGAAGAUGGAGGGCUGGUGCCAGCAGAUGGAGAGGGAGGCUGAGGACUAUGACCUGCCGGAGGAGAUCCUGGAGAAGAUCCGGAGCGCCGUGGGCAGCGCCCAGCUCCUCAUGUCCCAGAAGGUGCAGCAGUUUUACCGCCUCUGCCAGCAGAACAUGGAUCCCAACGCGUUCCCUGUGCCCACCUUCCAAGACCUGGCCGGCUUUUGGGACCUCCUGCAGCUCUCCAUCGAGGACGUCAGCAUGAAGUUCGCGGAGCUCCAGCAGCUCAAGGCCAAUGGGUGGAAGAUCGUGGAGCCUAAGGUAAGGGCAGGGCUCUGCCGCUGGCACUUGUCCCCUGUCACCUCUCGCCCGCCGCGCUCCAAGGUGCACCCGGUGAAGGAGCGCUCCCUGGACUCAGUGGACCGGCAGCGGCAGGAGGCCCGCAAGCGGCUCCUGGCAGCCAAGCGAGCUGCCUCCUUCCGCCAGAGCUCUGCCACCGAGAGUGCGGACAGCAUCGAGAUCUACAUCCCCGAGGCGCAGACCCGGCUGUGA